GAGCAACUGCCGGCCUCCGCCCCCAGCCGCAGCCGGUCACUGGCGGCGCCUUCCGCGCCAAGCUUGGGGGCCUUUUCGGGGUCCUACAUGGCACGGCUUCCGACCCCCGGCCCGGGACGGGGCUCGCAGGCCCCAGAGGGGCAGGCUGGAGAAAGAGGAGGUUAGGUGUCUUCAGGAGGGUUGCUGAGCCCAAGGACGCGCCAUCGCCGCGGAGAAGGAGCCGGACCCCUUGGGCGGAGCGCCCAAUGUGUGGUCCCUCACGCCGUCCCGCACCUUGCUUUUUAGGGUUCUUUUUCCGCUUUCUGAGCCCUUUUAUACCUUACGUUUAGAAGGGGAAAAUCAUCCUCCCACACCUUCUCCCCGACUUUUUGCCUUUUUUGUCUUGAAGUUACCCAAAGGUCUGUGUAUUGUUCUCAAUGGUCCCAAGAAUUACUCGAAUAUAGUUGUUUUUCUGAGGGAGGAUGGAUGGAGAUAACUAUCCUGAUCCCAGUGUCACUUUUUAAGGCAUUCGCUUCAAGAGACAAGCAGUUUAGAAUCAGGCAGAACUGGAUUGCAAAAUUUAUGGGCAGACCAGUAUGUGUGCAGUAUUUUUUUCGGGGAGGAGCCAAGAUGGACAAAUAGGAACAGCUCUGGUCUACAGCUCCCAGCGUGAGCGACGCAGAAGACAGGAAAAUGUCUAAUCAACAGAAGUAUGAAGCUCAGAAUAUAGCCAAUUCAACAGAAGAGAGUGAUGAUGCUUUUGAUACUGUCACUAUUCCAGUUCCCUCAGAAGAGCCUCAAGAGUCAGAUCAAACUGAAGAGCAUGAAUCUGGAAUAGAACAAUUCAGUGAGAGCCAUGUAAUACAUGUUGAGGAGCAGAGUGACCAAAGCUUUUCAAGCCUGGAACCAGACAAUGAACAACUCAUGGAAGAGGUUAUAUCACCAAGACAAGUUUCAUAUACUCCACAACAUCAUGAAAAGCAAUUUGCAAUGCAGAGGCCAAAUGAUGAUAGUUUGGCAUUUCUGGAUAAAAUAAAGUCUGUAAAGGAGUCUUUGCAAGAAUCAAUGGAAGAUUCUCCAGCAACAGUAAAAGUUGUACUUAUUCCAGUGGGCCAGGAAAUUGUAAUACCUUUUAAGGUUGAUACCAUUCUUAAAUAUCUUAAGGACCAUUUUUCACACUUAUUAGGUAUCCCACAUUCUGUACUGCAGAUAAGAUACUCAGGAAAAAUUCUUAAAAAUAAUGAGACUCUAGUACAACAUGGAGUUAAGCCACAGGAAAUUGUACAAGUGGAAAUCUUUUCUACAAAUCCAGAUCUGUUUCCAGUCAGAAGAAUAGAUGGAUUAACUGAUGUCUCUCAAAUCAUAACUGUCACUGUCCAAACUGGCCUUGAUCAAUACCAGCAGGUACCUGUUGAGAUUGUCAAAUCUGACUUUCACAAACCAUUUCUUGGUGGAUUCAGACAUAGAAUAACAGGAGUAGAGUAUCACAAUGCUGGAACACAAACUGUACCUAAAAGGAUUCCCGAAAGACUCAGUAUAUUUUGUAGGGAUACGCAGACAGUUUUUCAGAAAAAAAAUCUCCAACAAACUACAAAUACAACAUCCACACAGAUGACUAACAUUGGUGUAUAUGUAUCAAAUAUGACUGAUAAACUGGUAACACCAGGAAAGUAUUUUUCAGCAGCAGAAUACCAUGCUCAAAGACUAAAGGCGGUGAUAGUGAUACAGACUUACUACAGGCAAUGGCAUGCUAAAAUCUUCGUAGAGAAUUUAAGAAGACAGAAAAGCUUAAGAUUGGAAUGGGAAACACAGCAAGAACUAAGGAAGAUAAGAGAAAAAGAAGAAUGGAUAAAAUUGGACUAUCACCGGAGGCAUAAUCCUAAAACAAAUGAAGAUUUUGAAUUUCUUUAUAAUGCAUUAGAAUUCUGGCGGCAAGAAGAACUUACACGUAUUAACCAAUCUUUUACUGGAGCUGAAAGGAAAGCUGCUCUGUGUGAACUUCUGGAAAAAGAGACUCAGAUAAUUGCUUCCAUUGGGAGACAUAGAUACGUUGCUUAUAUGGCAAAUCAGGAAGCAGCAAUACAAGCUUUUUUGGAUAAGUGUUCAGCUCCAAAAAUAUGGAGAACCCCUAAUGGCAAAACAAUUGAGAUGGAUACGCAGUUCACCAUCAGAGCCAGAGAGCUGCAAAAUAUCUAUAAGUGUAUUAUGCUGAAAAAUAUCUCCCAAGAUGAGAGGUUGGAUGUGCUGUUAACUCUUAAACACACUGUAAAGGAACAUGAAUGUAAACUCACUCAGGAAAUUCUAGAAUUGAUUGACAGAGAGGUUGACCUUAUGAUGAGAGGAGUCAAACAUCAUAACCUUGAAGGACUCAGAAAAAGAAUUGCGACACUCUUUUUUCAUUAUAUCAAAACACCUCUGUUUAAUCCUGAAGUUGCAAAAUACCUUAAGGUCCCUCAAGACCCUUUGAAAUUUUAUAAGAAGAUUUACUUUUGCCACAGUUGCCAGCUUUAUUUGCCUUCUACAGAAUUUUCUGUAUCAUCCACCUCACGCCGCAUAUACCGGUGUCGUAACUGCAUUAGCCUUCAGAAUGAGGCUCAAAAACGAGAAUCAUUUUUGAAGUACAAAUGUUUACUUCAACAGCUCUACUAUACAGAAGCUGAUUAUGAAGAUGAUUCUAAAAUUGCUUUCUUGAUGCAGCUACAAGACAUUCAGUACCUGACAGAGAACAUCUGGGCGUCCCGGUCAGUCCUCAGUGCCUGCGACAAUCUCAGUGAUCUGGUCAUGGUCAGAUGGAAUAAAUCCCUGGAGUGGUCCCCCUGGAACUGUAUUCUUCUUACCAAAGAUGAAGCGGCUGCUCAUCUCAAGCUAACAAGUAUUGAAGAGGGAUAUGAACGCUCAUUUAUUCACAAGAUCAAACACAAACAUAUCCUGGCUAAGAACUAUUUUUCUCAGGUUCCAGUGCUGGCUUCAUUUAUACUUGAUGAUGGUGAAAUUGAUGAGAUCAGAUGGAAGUAUCACUCAGACACAACACCUAAGAUUAUAGAAUCCCAGAGGCCUCCUCAUUAGGUGAUCCAGGAGUAUUUGUUUGAUGAUUGGCAUUUUGUUCACUGCUAAUAGGGUAAUACAGAGGUCACAGAGUAUGGAAAUGGAA